AUGCGUGUCACCAUCACCGCCGCUACCCUCCUCGCCUGGGUCUCCGCUGCCCUCGCUCAGACUGCUGGCUUCGAUGCCAUCACUGUCCCCGCCAAGGACGAGUCCGUCCCGGCUGGCUCUACCUACACCGUCAAGUGGGACUACUCUCCCACCUACGCUGGAACCGUUUCCAUCCAGCUGCUCCAGGGCGCUGACCCCACCACCCUCCAGCUUGGACCUGUCGUUGCCAGCGGUCUUGACAACGCUGCCGGUUCUUACUCAUGGGCCGUCGACUCCUCCCUCGGAGCUGACGCCACCUACGGCCUGAAGAUCAUCUACGACUCCAACCCCGAGGUGUUCCAGUACUCCUUCCCCUUCCACAUCUCCAAGGGCGCCGCCUCCAGCUCCGCUGAGGCCCCGGCGACCACCGCCCCCGCCGCUCAGGUCCCCGCCAACCAGGCCAACGUCGAGUCCACCAUCUACUCGACCGAGAUGGUCACCAUCACCUCGUGCGCCGCCACCGUCACCGACUGCCCGGCCCGCUCCACCGUCGUGAGCUCCACCCUGAAGCCCAUCACCACCGGCGGCGCCCCGGCCCCCUCGGGCGCGUCUUCCCCCAGCGGCGUGCCCGUCCCUCCCCAGCCCCAGACCACCCUGACACCCGCCUACCCCGUCGGUAACGGCACGACCCCCGGCGGCGCCAUCGGAACCGUCACCCUCAAGACCUCCUCCUCCGUCGCCGCCGGCACUGGCUCCAUCCCCGCCCCCACCACCACCGGCUCCGUCCCCGUCACCGUCAACGGUGCCGGCCGCGUUGCCGCUGGCUCCGUUGGCCUGAUUGCCGGUGUCAUGGCCGCUGUCUUUGCUCUGUAA